UUUUGUUAUUGUUUCUGUUUCUAAAUCGGCGAAGUUAGUGGUGGGAAGUGGAAGCAAUGUGAUUGGCGGAUUGUUGUGUAGAUCGGUAUAACUUACCGGAUUAAAGUUAUGGUAGUCGUGCGAAUGUGUGGUAUACGAGGAUGUAAUGAAUGUUUUCGUAUUGUAUCAUUUGUUGCUGGUUCUGACGCAAAUGUUCGGUGCAUCCUUUAGACAAGCGUCUCAGUGCAGGAUGAUGCAUUUUAAGUGCCGAGGAGGUUUCUACCCCAGAACAGACAAUACUGUUGCGAGAUUUCCUGUACCCGACGAGAAAAUCCACUGGGACAUCGACUAUCCUGAGUAUCAACCAACAAAUUACACGGCUGCUCAUAUCAAAGGCCAGAGUUGGGCAGAUCCGGAGAUUUCGCAUCCUUCGUUUCAUCCACAAUGGAACCAACUGGAUGGCAGUGUUAACCGCAAAAGUCACGUAGGAGUUUACAAAAUUGAAAAUUUAUUUCCAUUGAAUCCUGUGGGACGUACUGGAGUUUGCGGUAGAGGGUGUUUGGGUAGAUGGGGACCAAAUCAUGCAGCAGACCCGAUAGUAACGAGAUGGAAAAGGACGAGCAACAAUGAAAUUGAGCUGCAUUCAACAUCUGAAAAGAAAAUCCUCCAGUUUGUUGCAAUACAGCGCAGGGACACACGAGAAUGGGCAAUACCUGGCGGAAUGGUGGAUCCUGGCGAGGUGGUAACAACCACCUUGAAGAGAGAAUUUUUCGAAGAAGCACUUGAUGCUUUAGGAAGAAAGCCAGAGCAGUUGAAUGAAGCAGAUGCAAUCGUGACGAAGUUUUUUGAAAGUGGAGAAACAGUUUAUAAAGGUUAUGUAGAUGAUCCACGUAACACAGAUAAUGCGUGGAUGGAAACCGUCGCAGUGAAUUUUCAUGAUGAGACUGGUUUGUCUGUUGGCAAAUUGCCUCUUUCUGCAGGGGAUGACGCCGUUAAUGUUAGAUGGAUGGAUGUGGGAAAGGAUCUGGAACUAUAUGCAAGUCACAUAGAAUUUAUUGAAGCUGUGGCCGAGAAACGAAAUUCACAUUGGUAGGGUUAGUUGGAAUCCGAACUAAAAAAUGUUUCCUAUGGUGUAAUUUGUUUAUAACGAAUUGGAAAAAAAACCCUUGAAAGUUAAGUUGACGAUCUCUGCAAUUUUUGUAAUUUUCUUAAGGCUCAUGUGUUUGUACUCAGUUUUUCAGCAUUGUGACUUUAUAUGAUUUCGACAAAAUCAGUAUAACACAAAUGAUUCAAGCAAAGGUGAUCACCAUAUAUAACGCUGUUUCCAUGCAGCAUCUGCCUAUUUCCUAUAUAGGGAAUUCUUGUACGUUUCCCCGCAUAGACCUUGGGUUUAAUCUGUGCAAGCAUUCUGUCUCAAAAAUAUAAUUUUCUAGAUUCUUUUAUGAAUUGUGUUAAUAAAUUUAUUGUUUUUCUUAAAUUGA